GACAGCGGCCGCUAGUGUAAACUUUAUUUUACCUCCUGCAUGAUAAUCCAUGCCUAAUAGGUAAUGGAGGAUGCGAAUCAAUUGGAGAGCUUAACUUUUCGAUGAUGCAAAGUGUUCAGUUCAGUUCAGGUCACUUUGGAAGGCACUCGCUCAUAAGAAGAUUUGGAAUUUGAGAUUGAGUGUGCGAUUGAUUGAUUGGCUGUGUUGACUUUACUUGGGUUGGUAGGGAAUUAAUAGGAUUGGGGAUUUAUUUGUGAUUGUGCUUGUGAAAGGAAGGAAAGGGAAGGAAAGGAAAGGGAAGGAAAGGAAUUUGAGGACUUGAGGACUUGAGGACGUGGGAACUUGAGAGGGUCAUUGAAGGCAUUGUUAGGGUUGAGAUUGGGAUUGCGAAUUGAGAAAGGGAUUGAGAAAGGGAUUGGGAUUGGGAUUGGGAUUGGAAGACACGGCGAAAAUAUCUGCGAGUGAGAGGAACGGAUACGCAGCGGAAACGAGAACGAGAACGAGAACAAGAGCGGAAACGAGAAUAGUAAUAAGUGAUAAGUGAGAAGCAACAAGUAAUAAGGCGGGAUCUGGUAUCGGAGGGGUUGAGACGAGGUUGCGAGAUUUCUUUAGAAAGGAUUGAAGAAGGGAAUACGAGGGAAAUACGACAAGAGGAAAUCUACAUCGAGAGAACGAAAGAAAGACGAACCCAGACGAAACGAGAGGAGGAAAGGAAACAAAAGAAUCAUAAAUAUGCGCGCGGUUACUUGGUUGGCGAUUGGGAUGGGAAUGGGGGCUUGGGGAGGAGGAGUGUUCGCGCUGGAGAAUGAGAGGGGAGAUGGGGGAUUCGAGGGCAAUGAGGAGAGAUUGCCCUUGCCGAGUUAUCAUUUUGGAGCGGGCAUUGCGGUUGAGUGUAUGGAGAGGGAUGUUGAUACAGGAGAACAUGUUCAACUAGAAGAUAAUUCUUUGAAAUACAUACCAUUUCCGAUAUGUAAUGAAACGGGAAAAUCAUUGGAAUUAAAAUAUGGAGUUGAAGAAGAACUCAACUGCACUAUUCCUCUAAUAACAGAUCCGUUCUUUCAUCUUCUCGAAUUUUAUAUUCAUUCUGAUGCACCUCUCUCAUGUCGAAUUCCUUCUCGACCAGCACCAGCUGUUCAUCACACGAAUAGUUAUCCAAAUUAUAAACAAGAAUAUGUUCCUCUCACCUUCGCUCUUUCAGGAACAUUACAACUUUCCCAUCUUCAUAUCUCUACUCACCUAAACGUUCUUCUUCAUAGCGUUCCGAAACACCAUCUUCUAAAACACGAUUCUGGUGUAAUUGACAGUGGAGUAGCAUAUAGUACUAGUCCCUUAAGUCACAUCACCGGUCCAGCAGCUCUUACGAAGAAACUUAUUAUUGGAGAUGAAUUACCUCUGAAAUUAAGUAUUCGUUGGUUUCCAACUCCAUUGCUCCCGAGAGAAAAUGGAAAAGUAGAAUGGAAUGGUCUGGGGGGUCAUGUCAAUUGGAUGACGAUUGGAUAUGUGAUUGUAGCGUUUGGAGCGGGCGCGACAGUUAUGGGUGCUUGGAUGGUGGGAUGGGAGGUUCCGAGGAGGAUGAAGGGAUGGAGUGGAAGGUUGGCGAGGGUGGGGGGCAUGGGUGCAGGGAAUGGUAAAGGGUUGGGUGGAGCCACGCCGUUGGGGUAUGGGGUUAAGGGGGGUGGGGGAGGGGGAGGACCGGUGGGGAAUGGAUGGGGGUUUGUGGGUGGUGGGAGGGGGGAUGGGAAGAGAGAUUAGGUGUUGGGGGAGGAUGGUUAGAGGGGAGAGAUUAUUAGCGAGGAGAGAUUAAUGGGAUUGGAUUAGGUAGAGUUUAUAGAGUAGUGGAGAGCUUAUUUGUUGUUGUGUUGGGGCUUGAAAUCCAGCUGGAUGGAGUUAGUGGUUUCUGUUGUAUUGUAUUACAUUUUAUUACAUCUUGCUGAAUUAUCUUGUGUAUCUCCCAAGUGGACAAAUCGAUAGAUGAUAGAUGGAUGAAUUGAUAAAUGCGCGCUGGUGUAAUGACA